ACUUCAGGUUGACAUUGACUUGAUGGAGUAGGGGUAGAUACAGUCUGUCAGUGCGACUGUCUGCAACAUGGCUGUGACAGCAGAAAGUUUUCGGUGGUUAGAUAUUUUGGAAAAAGAAUUUGAUAAAGCUUUCGUUGACUUAGAUUUAUUGAUUGGGGAUCUGGAUAGUGAUGAACCUGAAAUGGUGUACAAUGCUAGGCAAAAGAUGGCCACAUUAAGUUCCUGCUUUGCACAACUUACCCAUAAAGCUCAGACAAUCUUUCAAAAUAAUGCAAAAAACGAGGCAGAACUUGUGAACAUGAGAGCGGAACUGGUGGAUACCAAGACUCGCAAUCAGUGUCUGGAGGAGGAGUUGCACACAGUUUUGGUUCAGUUGCAUACUGCACAGCUUAAGCAAUUGCAGGGAGAUGACGGACUCACCAUCAAGAACAAACUGCAACAAGGCCUCAUCCAACGUUCACCAACUCACAAGGCUACGCUCUCAGGAAUUAAGCUAGAUGCAUUGGUGAUGUCACUUGAGAAUUGGAAGUGCCGAUUGGAGCUGGAAAAUGAAAGUCUGCGCCAUUCUCUGGUCAGUCUGCAAGCCGAGGUGUGUGGGGCUCGACUGGCAGCUCGUUACCUGGACAAAGAGCUGGCUGGCAGGAUACAGCAGCUGCAGUUGUUGGGGCGGUCAGACAUGACAGGGGAUGCGAGGGACAGACUGUGGAGUCAGUUGGAAGCAGAGAUACUGGUGCAGCGGCACAAGACAGUGAUGAGGGCAGUCCGACAGCGGGACCACCGCAGCCCCCCGCCUCCCACCAGCACUGGCAGUGUGCGAACUGUACAGUUGCUGCGGCGGCCUGACCAUGGUCUUGGAAUCUCUAUCACGGGUGGCAGAGAACAUGGUGUACCGAUCCUGAUCUCAGAGCUAGAUCCUGGAGGUGACACCACAGAUCUGUAUGUCGGGGAUUCUGUGCUUAGUGUCAAUGGCAUAGAUCUGACACAGGCUAGUCACCAGGAGGCUGUGAACCUACUGAGCAAUCAGUCCGGGAACGUGACACUAAGGGUGCAGUAUCUGUCUAACGGAGGUGAGGAUAGUGAGGAGGAUAACGAUCUCUCUAAUCUCAGGUAUAGAUUUUUUGAAGAUCCUCCAGAGGGAACAUUCUAUAGACUGAAUGGUUUUGCCGAGAACAAUAAGAGAGGAGGAGGGAUGUUGGUAACCCCCACUGCUCCUCGAACACCUGACUCUUCUGUCCGGGGAGAGUCUGAGUGCAGUUAUCCGAGCAGCCCAACAGGAGGUCAUCCUACCACUACGGAUAGCAAGCAGUUUUCCUCCCCCCUCACUCCCCCUACUACCACCGAGUCUACCAAUGCCACUCCCAGUCAAACAGAGAGUCCCCGGAAUUUUGGUGUCACCACACUGCAAAAGAUCUUCCGUUCGCUCACUCCAAGCGGUGUCUGGCUGGAAGGUAUAGAGGACAAAAUCAUCAAUGUUAAUGAGAAAACAGACAAUGGCAGUGUGGAUGUUGACUCUAAAGUUAUUAGUGAUUUAAAAGUCCACCCAGUAGAAGCGAUACCUCCGGAGUCUCCCAAAUUGACGGAUUCUCCAAGAAUUCACAUGAGCACCAAGGGUCGGGAGACCAGUCAGUUGUUCCAUCCUGAGACGGAGGCCAUGACGCUUAUUGAUGGCUUGGGCGAUGCUAGCUUUGGCACACCAGUUUAGAUAUAAUAUCAUAUAUAAAUAAUUUACACUGAAUCUGAUACAAUAAGUAGAACUAUAGUUCUCUCUCUGCCUAUUUAUCACAUAAUAAAUGUAAGGCACUUACGUUAUAACAAUGCUAACUGUUCAAGUAAACUAUAAUUUGUUACCAAUUAAUCUAAACGCACGAAAAUGUGAUAUCAUAUUGUGAUAAUUUACUUUAUCUAACCAACUAUAGCUAGUUUAUAGUCAGUUUGAUAUAGUUAAAAAAAGGUAAAGUAGUAAAAGCUGACCAUAAUUCUGAUUAUCUGUAAAUAAUCAAGGGUAUCCAUUAUACCAGGUUGUAUUGAAGUAUGACUUUCAAUAAUUAACUAUUAUUAAAAUUUGUUCAUUUUCACUUUUUUAUCAUCCAUUACAAUAAUUAGUUUAAGAUGUAUUUAGAACGAUUCACAGCUUGAAGGUGGUAAUUUUUAUAAUCAUAGCAGACAGAAAGAGAACUAUACUAUGUAUAUGUUAUGUACAUAAUGCAGUAGAAGGUAUUACAACUCUGCUAUGAUAUAAAUAAAACUGUACAAAUCAGAACUGUAAAAGUUAAACAUUCUUAAUGCUUUAAUAUUAUAAAACAACAUUUCUUUGUUGUAUUUUGCAUUAUAGACUACAAUAAAUAGAGGAAAUGGGCAAGAACCAUUAAAUUCAGACAAUUACAUAAGAUAUCUAACAAUUUUUAUUAAAGUAGAAACAGUUGCAUUUAAUUAAAAUAGACAAAGGAAAAUAGUAAGAUGCAUUUAUUUAUUUUUGUUCCUACUUGACAUUUGAAUUCUUUUUACAGUUGAUUCUGCUACAACUAAAACCUUUUUUGUGGAUUUUAUUAAAAAAGUGAUGUUAGUAUGCAUAUCUAAAUUUUGUACAAAGUACUGUUAUUAAGGUUUGAACCACCAUUCAUUCAUUCAUUUAAGUUUUGUUACUUUGGUGAAAAAUCAUUUAGGCCCAUCCCUUAACAGUAAACUGGUCUUUCUGGCUGAGUCAAGGGCAUGUGUGAUUCUUACUCCAUGAAAACAAUCCCUGUCAUGUCUCCCUCUCUUGGUUACCAUCUUUGACUCAUGAGUGAUGAAUGUGGUCUUAAAAUGAACAUUGGAUAUAAUAUUAAGAGUUACGGAUUAAAUUACUGUAAAUAAAUACCGCAGUGCAGUGUUUCUGAGCCUUUUAAUGUAUUUUAUUUAUUUGAAAGUAGUAGUUGGUAACAAUAUACUUUUUAACAACCAAAUCAGUAUACACACAGUGGAACAUAGAUAACUUGAACUACUACAGAUCAGUACAAAAAUUCAAAUUACAUUAAAAAAACCUAUUUUAACCCCAUAAUAUUUUGUUGACCAAAGCCUUAAUGUUAGAAAUAUAGUAUUUUUUAUGUUGUAUAUUCCACGUACUGUAUCAGGAAUAAAAUAUUGUAGCAGAUAACAUAAUGUAAAGUAUUAUGCAAUAAGAGAAUAAGUAAGCGCAGGUUGUAUGCAUAAGUCUUGAAAGUGAUAGUUAAACAAAGGUAUGGCGAGAAGGGGCUAUGUAUUGAAGUGAUGGGUGGAACAAUUGACCUUGACAAUGAUGAAGCUAAGUACAGAUUGAUUCAUUCAAAUUGCUACUUGUACAUUCCUGAAAAUCAAACAGGUGCGGCAAGUGGCAUUGAGGGGGAGGGACUAUCUUGCAAAUAUUAUAUGACACCCUAUUCAUUCAGCGUGGCAACACCUUGUGCAAGCACAUACAUAGAUGCAGAAUAAGAUUUUAUAUUUUUAUUAUGCCCUAUCUAUCUACUUUUAGAAAUUUUGGCUGAGGAAGAUUGUAUACAGAACAUAAACAUAUUUGAAUUACCCAAAAACAAAAUUCAAAUUAACUACUCUACAUUAACAUUAUACAUGGCCUAAUACAAAUGUCAAAGUUCUAAAGAAAAGUCAAUCUAUCCACGAAUUUUGAAUUAAAAUCGUUCAAUCAUACAGAUUCCACUGCAUACAUUAAAACAAUAAUUCUGCAUUAUAUAAAGCAAUAGCACCUAUUGUACAGUAGUACCAAUCUCACACAUAUUUAACACAUUAGCUAUCAAUCUAUAGUGUUCCUAGAUUAGAUGAGUAUAUUUUAGUUUUUGUUCGUUUACAAUGAAUACACAGAAUAGUAUACUUAAAUUACUAGUCUCGAAAGUGACCUAUCCGGGGAUGAGAAUGAAGAACCGCAAUAGACAAGUAUUGAACGAUACUUUCCAUCACAAUGGAAAAAAAGUUCAUGAGAUCUCUUAAAAGAUUAUCUCAUACUCCAUAAUAUAUAUUUAUUCUUCCAUAAGAACAUGUAACACUGUUUUAUAAUUCAUUUUGGUGUUGAAACCAGCUGUUUGUCAAAACAAAUAACAGAACCACACUCGUUUAUUCAGGAAAAGAUAUGUUUACAUAGGAAAAGAGAUAUUUUUCAUAGGGAAAAAACUGUUUAGAUAGGGAAAUUAAUGUUUGGGAAGAGAAAAUCAGCUAACUUAGCUACAAGGGAACCAGUGACUUUCACAGAUCUCAUUUGUAGUAGAAAGUUGCCCAUUACCAUACAGAUUGAUGAAAAUUUAUUAUAUUGUGGAAAAUCUUGGAACAAGGCAAAGAUAUGAUUCUGUUAUCGUAUAUAUCAUAUGCAAAAUAAUCAAAUUAAUUUUUAUUUAUACAAAUUCCCUCAUGGUCUCCAUUAAGAAAUUAACCCGCUCAAGACUUAAUCGGAAUGGUCGUGGCUCGAGUUCCUAAUGGACAUUAUAUAUACAAGUAUAUGUUAAGUCUAACAGUUUAUAAUUAUAUUUAAUGUUAUAAGCGGAGCCUCAGAUACGUGGCACACAGCUGACUAGCAUGCCCUCUUAAAAAGGCCAGUUUCUUGUUUGUGUUUCAGUUUACUGUCAAGAUUGUUGUGCUAAAGUAAAUUACAGAAAACAAACAACUACACCAAUUUACACCUAACUGUUGUGUUAAUUAAUUGUAAUUUAAAGUUGUAAAUUUAGUAGUAAACAUUUCACAUGUCUUAAUUGUAUCAUUUUUAGUCCGUUAUUUAAAAAAAUUUCAAUGUUCUAAUUAUAAAAUGCAAGUACUCAAAUUCGAAGUUUUUAAAAAGAAGUUGUUUCAGUUCCGUGACAUUUUUGCAAGAAUUAUUGUAAUGAUUGUUCUGAGCACUAGAAAGGAGAUCUAAGUGAAAACUAAUUUAAGAUUUUGUCUUAGAAUAUGGUAGCUCCAAAAGCAAACAUAGUUAACCUAGACCUAAGGAGAGUUAAAAAAUGUGUCUUGGUGUUCAGGAAAGAGGCUCAAAUGGUUAUAACAGAUUUUUUUGACUAUACAUUGUGUGAUCUUUUAAGUUCUUAAGACAUUUCAGAACUCGAACUUAAACAUGACACCCUUUAUUUCACAGAACAGGUAAAACACAUACAGAACAGAUAACAAAACAUAAGGUAUGUUAUGUUUAAGAUUUAGAAUGUAAUAUGAUUAAACAGUGUGUCAGAUAUUGUGCUUGGUGCUCAGCAUCUUCAGAACAGGAAAUCUUCUGAUCUUUUAAAUUUGAAAUCUGAUAUGUUGUAGUUAGUAAGGUCCAAAAACGAGAGGCAAGGUGUUAAUGACAAACCAAUGCUUCAAAAGGUAGGGGAUGUAAAAUUUUCAGGUCAUAAAGUCUAAACCCAAUGGUCUGACAAUCUUAUCUCAAAAUAACAAAUUGAAAAUCUGAGUACCCACGUAUGUGAGAGAAGAAAGUUGGUUUAAUAAGGGUUUGUUUAAUAACAAAAACAUAUAAAUUCAAAGCAAAUAAUUGCAAAAUAUGAACUGUGGUUUAGUGCUAGAUUCCAGCUUUGAUUUUUGGGAAUGUGAGAAGUUUAUGCACACAUUUCCAUACAAGGGUUUAGUUAGUACAUUUUAAGUGCUACUGACAUUAUUGUCUCGCAUAAAAAUAUAAAAUGUAAUGCAUUUUUAUGAAAUUCAAUAGAAACAAACAAAAUAAAUCAUUAUCUUAACUUAAAGACAUAUUGGAAAAGAUUAAUAACUGAAUAAGUAUUAAAUAAAACCUAAUUGUAAUAUGACAGUGUAAUUGACUAAGUGCAUGAGAAUUUCAUACUAAAAUCGUAAAAUCUUUUGCUUACACAUUUCUAGUUAUUUCAUGAUAUAUUUAUUUUAUGCACGCUAGUCUUGGAUAUUGUUUUUGCGUUUUAACAUAUAGUAUGAGAGGGUUCUUUAAUUAAAAAUAAGAUGUUGCUGGAUGAGGAUGUAAUGAAAUAUGUAUUUUGUUUUGUUUUAAUUUUGUGUUGUAUUAAAUGUUUAUUUUAGAAGUUUAAUUGUUAUUAGAGAUGUGCUAGUACUUAAUAUUUAGACUUCAGUACUCUAUAUACUUGACAUUAUUAGUUCAGUACUGUAUAUUACAUUCUCAAUCAUUACAUUGUAAUUAAAAAAUGUAUAAAAUUUGAUUGUGGGAGAAUAUCACUAGAGUACAUGGUAUUGGUCAAUAAUAUGUGGCAUGGUAUAUUUUGGUGUUAAUGAACAAUUCAAAUAAGAAAUUUGGUAUAUAAUGGAACAAAAUAUCACAGCAAUAAUGCUAAAACAAACAAUGCAUUCUACAAACAUGAUGAUUGUCAUUUUGACCAAAAACAUCUACAUUUUUACUAAAGCAAAAGAACAUAUUAUAUUCAAAUUGACAACCAUAAUUAAAAAAAAAAACACACACUAUUCAAUGUGUACUACAAUCACAGCACACAUGUAACUUUGCAACUUAACAACAAUCUGUUCAAGCAAUAACAGUUUGUACUACAAUUACAGCAUAUACGAGGGCUGUCUUUUUGAACCUCCAGAUAAGUAGCAGAUCCACGGUGUGUGCAGUAAUUGAUCGCACAGCUUCCCCAUUACAACUUUUGUCUCUGCUGAGUUCAAGUAGGCAGUUUGUGCUGAGCUGCAGCUGCCUCUAUUGAUUCUCCACCAAAUUUAAUUGAGGACUGUUAUUCGUUUUCUGCAAGCAGAAAAACAUGAGUGCAGAAUGUUAAAUUCAUGGAAUGUCAAAGCAGAAACCACACAGUGAAUUUUGGUGGGUAUUAGUAUCUUUGGCACUGAGCGAGCACAAAUCUUCAAGAGAAGAUCUUGACUCUCCUAGGAAUUCCAAAGACUUAUUGUGAAUCUACAGUUAUUUCUAAGCAGUUUAUCAACUCAUUCUACAAGGUCGUCUGUAGCGACAGACUUGCGUCCUUGACCUCCUUCAUCAUGCACGUCAGAUUGCCCAUCUUUAAACUUUCAACCCCAUUCACGUACAGCAACAUUACUCGUAGUGUUUUUCUGAAACAUGUGAGAUUCUCUGAUGGAUCCUCUCUGAGAUGCUGCACUAUUCCCUUCUGGUUACAGGAAAUGAAUAACACUCCCCAAUUGACAUUUGGCAGUAGAAUCAAUAGAGGCUGCUAUGUAUAUUUGAGUGCAGCUCAAUACAAAUUGGCUUCUUGAACUCAGUGAAAAAAGGUGUAGUGGGAAAUUUACGCGAUCGACUGCUGUGCACACCGCGGAUCUGUCACAUAUCUUGUCUUCACAGCAUAAGAUUGGAAGUUGAAAAAAAAAAAAACAAUAAAAGAACUCAUUGUGAACAACAGUUGCAGCAUAUUUAUGCUAGUUUCAAGCUGUAGCUCAGAUGUUACUUGAUAUGGACUAGCAUGCCAUGAAUAAGCAUGUUGAAAAGACACAACUUAAAAUGGUCAUUUCAAUUAAAGGCAUAAAUAGAAGCAUAUGGCCGCUAAAACAAUUCUCUAUGAGAGAUGAGUAGUAAGUAGUUUUUGGCAAUUAUCAACUGUAACUGAGAAAUGUACUAAUUUUUCCAGCUUUUUUUAUGAAUCAUGGGAACUGAUGUACAGUAAUACUUAUUCACUCAUUCACCAAAUAUUUCUGCCAUUACUUAAAACUUAAUGGUUUAUAACCGAAUAAACUAGUAGCUCCUCUAGUGGAGGAUGUAAGAAUGAAGAGUCCUUUGAAAAUGUCUUGGAUUUGCCAUGUACAGAGGACUGGACCUUAAGUUUUAAGUGCAAAGUUAUCCAACUCAUCCUUUAAAUUAAAAAAGUUUACCGAGGAUGAUUUUGAAAAUUUUCCUUACAGUCAAUAUAAUAAGUGUUUAAUAAUUCACAAUUUGAUUCUAACUAUUUCGUGUAGGGUGAGCAAUAAUGUUAUUAUAAUAUAUUACUUGUCUAAAUAUUAAAAAUUUUCAACUUUAGUUGACUUGACCUCAAAAUCUGUGCUAGCAUGUCUCUAAUUAUUACUUUAUUUGUGAAAUAUAUAAAUUUAUAUAAUUUCUGUUUUAAGUACUUAUAUUUAUUAAUGAGUCUUUGUUGAUUUUUAAAUUUAUAAACUUUGAUAUUUAUCUUAGUUCAUAAAUACAGUUUAUACUGCAGUUGUACUGCUUUGUUGUUUGGGUUAAAUACAAGUAUGGAAUAGUAAUUGUAUACUGGCUUUGAGUAUUUAAGAAUAGAGAAGUAUACUCAACAGUUAAGUUUGAAUCUGCCACACAAAGAUUUGUAUAUUACCUGCCAGGAAUUCACUUUAUAUGAAUUACAUGUUUGGAAAUUGUAAAUUUAAUAUACAGGGUAUUUAUUAUACUGUUUUAAACUAAUAAUAAUAAAUUGAUUUAUUAUGGUGUAACUUGAAAUUGAAUAAUAAAUGUACCAUCUGAUGCUAGUCAAAUUCCAAAACUCAUUUCCUCACAAUUAUCACAUAGCAUUACAUAAUAAACUACCUUAGUACCCUGGUCAUUGAUAACUGCUUGUAACAUUCAGCUUUUAAAGUCAAUUGCCUUAAUCGAUAUGAUGUGGCUUUAUAUUUUAUAGAAUAUUCCAUUGAAUUUUCUCAAUUUUGUAUGAAAUGUGUAUAUCAUGAAUUAUGUGACUAAUGACUGAACAUAUCAGUAUAUCUGUUUUAUCAGUCUUAUAAAUUGUACCAACAUGUGACACAGAAUUGCCAUAAAAUGCAUAAAGAUGUGGCUAAAAAUUAGAAUUUUAAAAUAUCUACUAUACAUUUUUUCAUAAAAGAGAGUUGAGAAUCUAACAAAGAUUUUAGCUUCUAUGAUUGUUAUAAAAUCACUCCUAUAGGAAUGCAGCAGUAGUUAGUAAACUACUAGAAUAUUAAUUUUACGAUUUAAUUGGAUUUAUUUUUACAUAUGUACAAUUUGUGUAUAAAAGUCAUGUAAAUAAGUGAAACCCUUAAACUAAUCUUGUACAGAUUUGAAAAGGAACAAAAAGUCUCAACAAAUCUUUAAAGUACUUUUAGAUUUUCGGAAAGAGCACUGGAAAUUACUAUUAUUCAUCGAGUCAUCGAAUCCUGCUGUUUCAAAAACAUUAGAUGGCUGAUUAGAUUUCAUCAUCAUAUUUACAUACAGGACAGUAUGCUUGAUAGUUUAUGCUAUUAUUACAACACUUUAUUUUGGUUAUUAUUUCAAUUACUGGAUAUAAGAAAGAAAUACUGACUUAUCUCUGCUGUUUAUCACUUGAUUUAUUAAUUUGUACAAAGUAUCAACAAUCUGUUUUAAGUAAAAAUUAGUUUUACCUUGAAAGUACGUCAAAAUCUUCUUAAAUAAGUAAUAUGAUUGUGAUAUAUUUAUAAUACCUUCUAAGGUUUAAUAAACUUUGCCCUAUCAAAGAAAACAUACCAGGGGGUACCCAAAAGAAAUCACAAUCAUACAAGGGGGCACCUAAAAGAAAUCUUGAAUUAUUGUUUUAAAAAUACCAUUUUUUUAUUGAAAAUACUCUUUAUUAGAUUACACUCGAUACAUUUGUCCAAUGGUCAGGAAAAAAGGCUUGUUAGGAGUAGUAACAUGCAAUUUUGUUUACCAAAAACUAAGAGUAACAGAAGGCUUUGUAUGAAGGUGCAUUGCACAAAUUUUGUAGAAACCCUUUUCAUCCCUAAAUUGUAAAAUUCACUGAACCAAGCUCCUAGUUAUCCAAUUGUAUCUGACAAUUAUUCUGUAGUCUGUUAGCACAAGUUCUUGAAUUUUUCUAUAAUUUUUGUCUGUUUGGGCAGUUGAUCAUCCAAAGGUAGGUUUGUCAUUAAUCAACAUGUUAACAAUUUUAAAACAAGGUAUUCCUAUACUAUCAUCUUUGUAAGCCACUUUCACAUCACAAAAGUUUUAACAGCACUUUACUAAGCACGAAGCAAUUUUUUCAAGCGUAUUGUUUGCUUUAACUUGUCAAUGUAAAAAUAACAAAUAACACAACAGCACUAGCUAAAGCAAUCUUUACAAACAAAACAAGCCAAGAUAUUACACAGAUGGUACCGAACUGCCAUAAUAAGCUCCACUAUGCAUACCGAGUGCGAGAAUUACAAGUGAAGCCCAGCCCUGGGAGUGUUGUUCCAGUUUAUUUGGGUUCCCCCUUGUAAGUUGUGACUUCCUUUCUAUUCUAAGAAAAUUGCUUAAUAUAUUUGGUAAUUCUAAAAUGUAAAACUAAGACAAUACUGUGUGUUAUGUGAAUGACCAAUUCCAAAGUUAUAUAGUCAAAUAUGAUUAACACAUCCACCACUACACAACUCGUAUGGCUUGUAAGUUUACCACUGUGAUUAUUUGUAUAUGUACUGUGCUGUAUAAAUAUAAUAUUGCUGUAA